UAAACUUGUUUUACUCCUGCUGCUCUAGCCUGGUGGAGAAACAUCUGCUUGUGAAAGGAUGCACUUUUGAAAAUAUUUAUUUAGAAGAUCAUUCAUUCUUCAGAUUCCUGGAACUUUAACAACAAAUUUUAAACAGACCAUAAAACACUGCAAGGAUCACAUGCCCAAAUCAGAGCUGAACAAAUAAUUUUCAGGAAUUACAAGGGAGGCAUCAACAGAGUAACAUAGCUAAAUACCGAUAGUGUAGCAAGUAUAAGAGAUGGAAAGAUACGUCACACCUGUGCGUGGCUCCUCAGAGGAUGAGGUGAAAAUGUACAAACAUUACCAUCCCAUACCUCAACAGCAUCCUCACAACCAUCAUUACCACCACAACCAUUAUCAGCACCAUGGAUCACACAGUCACAGCUCUUCAAGCAGGAANNGAAAACACACUGAUAAACAAACUCACCAUCACCACGACAACCAGCAUCACUUUUAUCAUCCCGCAAACCCUAAAAUGUCUGGAGACCAUCGCAGCUUCUCUAAAAGGUCUUCCUCCAGCCUGUCCUCCUCCUCUUCCACUUCUUCAUCUGCAUCUUGGACCUCAGAGCCCAGCCCGGAUGAUGAGACGUAUCUCAUGCACAAACCCCAGCAUUCCCUGUCCUGCUUCAACAUCCCUGAGGUCCGAAGGAAAAGCCAUGACAGAGAAUCCGAGGACUUUGAUUUUGAUCAGAGAGAUCAGAGGCACCGCCACAGCCUAGAAAACGCCAUCGAACUGCUGCCUGGUUCUCAGCAUGGACAUCGGAUGCCAAAACUCUCCCGGGGCCAUAGCAAAAGCGAGGAGGGCCUUCAACAAAAAAAGCACAAAGAUGGUUACUCAGCAGGAUCUCACUCCAUGGAUCAUGGGCCACUUUACAAGACUGCAAGCCUGGGACAAAGCCUUGCCUUUGGUGGCAAUAAUGACAACACUCUAGGUGGCAGGGCGGUUCCCAAGAAGGCUGUUUCAUCUAUUCAGUUGCCCAGCAAAGGUAUUCUGAAAAACAAAGAUGAGGGACAGAAAGAUGGAAACUUCAGGAAAGCGAAGUCUAUGGAGGUGCUCUCCACCAGGGUGCACGUCACAGGAACAUCCAAGCAGAUCUCUAUGGAAGCUGCGAGGGAUAACUUUGUGAAAGGGAAGCUACAGUUCUCUGCAUUUCUGGACGAGAUCACCAAGCAGGUUAUCAGUCCCUGUGCUCUUAGCUCUUUUGGCAUAAAUACACCAACGCCACCAAAAUCUCCCAAUGAAGAGCGCAAGAACUGCAGAGGCAAGCAGGAGAGUUUCAUGCCGCCACCAAAACAGCAGCCCAUCAGAGCUGAGAGACCAGAUUCAGGAAAAACAGAUUCAAGCUCACUCUCUCGAUCCCAUAAGAACAAAUACCACAACCGAAACCUGACCAGCCCUCCACCGCCACCCCGCCGCCCUUCAAAAGCUGAAAGACAAGGGGCUGCUUCAGGUAAAUAGCACCACAGGCAAUAUUCUCAGAUGCUCACUGAUGGUACCAGCACCAGCCCAGAAACUAUCCACACCAACCUCUCGAAACACAAAGGGCGACAUCAAAGUAGUCAUGCCCCGUCCAGGAACUUCCAUACUAAGCAGGCGAAGGGAUCACCGCCGCCUCUGCGAGCCGCAGGGCUGGAGUCAAAGUCCCAUUCGAGUAAAUCAUCCACCAGUGCUAGUUCAGAGAAAAGUGACAGACCUAAACACAUGGGACA